GUUAGAGGAAGAAGCACUUGUAGGGAACUGGUUUGUUUUAAUCUGGCAAUUGUGACUCAGCUCUGUAUGGAAAACCGACAGGAGUGAAGUGGUGGGCAGGAGCCAGACCCUCAAACCAGGUUUUCCCGUGGGAACCAGACCUAGAAAAUGCAUCCAGACUGUUUUGGCUUGCUCUUGCUAAAACUCUAUCACCCUGGUCUGAAACAGUAGAUGUUUAUUGCCUAUCUUCAAGGUAAUUUCCAAAGCCUGUGUGAAUUUUCCCAAGGGUAGAGCAUAAUCAGCUCACUACCUUUCCCUUCUGCAUUUGUUAUUUUCGUUGCCUUGAUUGUACCUAAAGUGUAGACAACAACAUUCUAUGUGAUAGAUAAUAAAUCCUUCUUUGAUGUAAGACCCAAGAAAAACAAUAAAAGCCUGUCCAGGCAAGGGUUGGGGUGCUCUCCCCUUGAGAGAAGCGGCCAUGGGACUCUCAUCCUAAGAGAGUACCAUACCAUCCCUUUUUCCACAGAGGACUGCUGUAGUCUGUGUGCGUUUGUUCUCAUCUUCAGCCACAACACACAGACUCUGCUGGCCAGAGUUUGCCACAGCACUGUCACUGUGCAAGCAGGGGAUGAAAAGGCUAUAGAAUGAGAGGUCAUGAACCAAGGAAUAUGUGUGGUCUGCAGAAGCUGCAAAAGGCAAGGAAACAUUCUGCCCUACAGCCUGCUGACUCCAUAAUUUAGUCCUAUAAGACUUAUUUUGGACUUCUGACUUCCAGGACUGCAAGAGAAUAAAUAUUUGUUGUUUUAAACCACUAAGUAUGUGGUAAUUUGUUACAGUAGCAAUAAGAAACUAAUAUUGAAAGGCUGUCCUAUGUAACACUUUUGUCAUUUCUAGCUGCUUUUAUGAGCAAAGCUUGUCUUACCUAGCAACAGUUGCUAAGUAAGCUGACAAUUUAAUGCUAGUGUCUAGGAGGGAGCAGCUGCUUAAAUCUUCCCAAACCCAGGGCCUAUACCUUACAUUGCCGAGGCUCUCAGUAACAUUCUUUAACAUUAGCCACAUAACUACUACUUAAUGAUGGUGAAUCACUCAGUUCUUACCAGCCUCUAGUAUUCUAAAACCUUGACUUCUCUUUCACUUUCUUAAACAUCUAGCUUUUCUCAAAACUACUUUUUAUGCUCUUAGGAGUAUUUUAACUGUACAUAGUAAAAGACAUCUUAAAUUUAAUUAUGAUCAGAAAUUCAAGUUACACAAACUUUGUUUGCUGUGCUGUUUGUAAUAAAAUUAUUCCACGAGCCCCUUUAGGGGAAACCUUCAAACGGAUCCAUGAAUACAAGCCAUUUAAGACACGCUUUUACACUCACAAAGAUAUACUGGAUAUCGGGGCAGAUAUUUUGAAUAAAGAAGAAGAAUUUCAAGAGGCUCUACUCAAAGAACGUAUUGCAAAAGCAGAAGCUAAUGUGUGGGCUCAGGCUGAUGAACGUCAAAAACAAGCAGUGGAGAAAGCACUUGAAGAAAUGAAUGACAUGCAUAAAAUUAAAAUUCAGAUUCUGGAAGAGCAACAUCAAAAAAGUUUACAGGAAAUGGCAGAUAAAACCAAGACAGAGAUGCAGCAAAACAUGGAAGAAGAACUAAAGAGGGAGAACUUGGCUGCAGAACAACGCAUGGUCCACAGAAUCCAGAGAAUCAUGACGGAGUGCCACAGGGAGAAAGUCCAGGCUGUGGAGAAAGUCAGGGCAGAAGAGAGACAGAGGGCCCAGGAACUGAUCCAGGCCCAGAAAAGCAAGGCCCUGGAGGAACUUAUGAGUAGUGGUAUGACAGUUAUGAACGACCAGAGAAAGAGUGUGAGCAAACUGGUAAAGGAAAAAGAACGUGAAAUGAACAUCUACUACUCCAUGGCUCAGAGGCAGAAGCAGGAAGAAGUGCACGAAGUGCUUCAAGAAGCAGAGAAAACACAUCAGGUCACACUGGGAAAUGUGGUGGAUAAACUGGUCAACACUCAGGCGGAGCUGCUGUCCGUCGCAAAACAGCUGGGAGCUAUGACAAACUGGAAAGAUUUCCUUGAGGAAGAAUUACAAGAAACAAGAGAGGCAUUUCAAAAAUACAUCAAUUAUACAUUUCCUAACCUUUCACCAGGGCAUGCAGAUUUUAUUCUGCCAGAAAGAAAGAAAACACCUUCCAAUCUUAUUAUUCAGGAGAGUGAAACAACUCUUAAUUAGAGGUGUUCAACUGAAAUUUCACUACAAAAGACAUUGUUCCAAAGAUUAAAUAAAUUCACUCAAAAACCA